AUGGAUAUAAAUCCCCUCCACGAUCUUCUCUCCCACUUCACCACCCUUUCGCCUCCAGCCCGACGUACCGUAUAUCACCAGCUCCUCGACCAGCUCCAGCUUCAUGAAUGGCGCGAUGUCCGCGAUCGUCUGCACCAGGUCUCUUUUCAUCGCGACAUCGUAGCAUCUCUACCGCUGGAACUCGCCGUUCAGAUCGUCAAGCAUCUCGAUCUGUCCGAGCUACACCUUCUCCGUCGAGUCUCUCGAUCAUGGAGGUCACUCCUCUCCUCCGAACUUGCCUGUGACGCAGUGUACAAGAAGUAUACAGGGCCACGCGGUACCUCCCCACAAACGCGCCAGGAGUAUGCCCGUCAGCGUCUCCGUCUCGAACGGGGACUCCCGGUCUGGACCAUCCAUCCAUCCGUCGACGCGCACCGGCCCAUCUUGCUCACUCCUAAUACAGCCCGAAUGGACUACGCAAAGGGCCGAUAUGCCUGGAUCUACGACGACCACGCCACCCUCAUCGUCCAAGAUCUGCGCACCCGACACACGCGCGCCUUCUGCACCGAGAACCGCGACAUCUUCAGUCGCAUCCGCAUCUCUGAUUCCAUCCUGGCGGCCAUCACGCCGCGCGGAUACUGUAUAGUCUGGGAACUGUUGGCCAGCGGCUACGACGGCACCGACCCCGUCAGCUUCAGAAUCCCCUCGGUCAACUGCACCGCUUUCGUGGUGAGCGGCGUGCAUGUCGCCAUCGCCAUCGACGGUAAAGACAGCUCCGUCAUUCACUGGGAUCUCCAUUCUCGCGUCGCGCGCACCAUCAGCAUUGCGCAGCCCAUCGUCUUCAUGGCCCUCAACCCUGUGCCUAACCUUCUCGUUACCGCUCACAUCGAGGAAGCGUCAUUGCGCAUCGCAAACCACCCCCUAGCCACCCCCAAGGACCAGAACCACCUCCCGGCGUCGUACACGCUAGACCUCCCCGGUAUACCCGCCACUUUGGCGCAGCCCGCCCCCUUCCAAUCCACAAGCUCAGUAGGAUACUUCCGCCUCACGCCGCGACACCGCGAAGACCAAACCCUCGACGAGGGCGAUCGCCUCGUCGCGGCCACCUAUGACGACUGCCUCGACUGUGUCUCCAUACAUCUCCUCCCCGGCGAAGACGCCCUCUUCGAAGACCGGUGCGUGGCGGCGCCCGUCGACCACAACCUCCUCUACUACCUCAAGAACGACCGUGGGAAGCCACGAGUCUGGAUCUCGAAUCCCGAUGCGCUACCCGGUGCGCGGCAUCGUCCGGCUAGAGCUGUCGAUCCCCAGCUGCCCCGCGAGGCGACGAGUCGUGUCUACUCGUCUUCGGGUGCGUUUACCCUCAUGGGAGACCGAGACUUUGUCUUGAUGGUGGAUGAGAAUGGGAUGAAGGUGUGGUGCUUCAAUGAGUCUGUAAAAGAAUGGACCUUCGAGGACUUUCAGCCAGAGGUCUAG